AUGCCAACCGUGAUGAAUGGCUCGGUGGCAGUUGAACCAGGUAGUCCAAAAACAGCAUCUUAUAUUGAUGAUACAGCACGAUAUGGAGACGAUACAUUCGAUCCCGAUGAUCCUGUACAUCGUCGUGAUUUAGAACGUCCACCCGAUGUUAAAGAAGAUAUGAGACAAAUGGGACAACGUCAACGUGUGACAAUGAUAUUAAAUUCAAAAGAGUUUCGUGAUGAAUUAGAAUCAAUAAUAACUGAUCAAUUGAAACAUGGACCGCAUCCAGCAUCAUUGAUUGCACUACAACAAAUAUCCGAACUCAUUUUACCGCAUACAUCUAGAUGGACAACAGUAUCGUCGCUAAGUAGAGCUGGCUCCAAUGUGAUUAUUCCCAUUAAUGAUAUUCGUGGUAUCGAUUCUGGUGGUUAUUCUAAAAGUGAACGUUUAUUAAGAUGUAAAUUAGCGUCAUUAUAUCGUUUGGUCGAUCUUUAUGGGUGGUCUCAAGGAAUCUACAACCAUAUAUCGGCUCGUAUCAAUCAAGAACAAGAACAUUUUCUUAUUAAUCCGUUUGGUUUGAUGUAUCAUGAAGUAACUGGAGCUAGUUUAGUUAAAGUUGAUAUUCAAGGAAAUAUAAUUGAUCCGGGUAAUACAACAUAUGGAAUUAAUCGUGCUGGUUAUACAUUACAUUCAGCAAUACAUAAAGCUCGUCCAGAUAUAAAAUGUAUCAUUCAUUUGCAUACACCAUCUGUUGCCGCUGUAUCAGCCAUGAAAUGUGGCCUAUUGCCAAUUAGUCAAGAAGCAUUGUUUUGUGGAAAAAUAUCAUAUCACGAUUAUCGUGGAAUACUUGUAGAAGAUGAUGUUAAAAAAUUACUUGUGGAAGAUUUGGGACCAAUUAAUAAGGUGAUGAUACUAAGAAAUCAUGGCUUUGUUGCUUGUGGUGAAACACUCGAAGAAGCGUGGCGUUAUGCUUUCAAUGUUAUAAAUGCAUGUGAAGUACAAGUUCGUGCCACGUCUGUUGGUAUUGAUAAUUUGUAUAUACCACCGCCAGAAGCUCAAAAACGAGUAAUAGAUUUUGUUGCUGAUGCUUUACAAGGAAAUAAUGACACAUCUAUUGAUAAAAAGUGGAAAGUUGGAGAACUUGAGUUUGAAUGUUUAAUGAGAAUUCUUGAUAAUGCUGGUUUUCGCACUGGUUAUGUUUAUCGUCAACCAAUGAUUCGAACAAUCGAUAAAACAGGAUUUAAAGAUGUUGAAGUACCACCAGCUGCAUCUUCUGCCUCUGUUCUUGAUGGAGAAGCAUAUUCUCCUACUCGUCAAGCGCAACGAAAUACUGAAUGGAGAAAUUCACCUAAUGCCUAUUUGAGACAAGAAAUCGAAGAAACGGGUACUCCAAAUCCGAAAAAAGUAACAAAAUGGGUACCAGAUACCGGAUUGAAACAUAGUACACCUAUCAAAUUGGAAACAAAACAUCAGUUUGCACCAAGUAAUAUUGAUCCAAAGGAAUUAAAAAAUCAUCAAAAACAGGAUCCACAAACAGCAAGUGAACCGGUUAUCGUUGUUGGUGCUGCAUCCAAAGGUAUAAUUAAACGUGAUCAACAAAAUAAUGCUGUUGUUUAUAAAUCAUAUUAUGCACAAAAUCCAUUUGCUCAUAUGGAUCAAAAUGAAAUUGAAAAAUAUAAAAAAGAAAUUGAACAACGUCAAACAAAAGAACAAGGUGGUUUAAGUGAUUCACAAUAUGACGAUAAUGUUGAUAGUCGAGGUAAGUGA